AUAGUAAAAUCAGAAAGCUUCAAGCGUAUAGUAAAGAUAACAAAACUUUAUCGUAAAUGUUGUUGUCGAGUGAAUACUAGCCUCCACAAGCUUCGCCCGGCUUCAAGUUAGUUAAGCACUUCCCUGCAGCCUCCCACGGGCUACAGCCGCUAGAGUAGAGACAGCCCGCGGGUGAGCUGUUGCACCCUACGAAUUCACUACGAUAAGAGCCGAGCGCCGACGGUGGCCGACUCAGAUCGAUGCGUCGACUCAUGUGCAGGGCAUUGCGCUGCCUUCGGUUUUUUUAUGAGACUGCCGGGGGGUUCAUGCAAAUUCUUAAGAAUUUGCAAGACCCCCACGGCAGUCCAACGAAAAAACCAGAAGAGGGCCACCAGACACGCACAAGAAUCCGCAAGCCCCAACGCACGCAAACGCCUCGCGGUGGCGCCAGGCAAGAACGGGCGGCGGCUUUAGCGGGCCAAACAAGACAAAGCAUAAGCAACGCAGGGCUGCGCUGCUCGGGUCUCUCUACGCGCUUACACCUGGCUGGGCUUCUUUGUUUCGUCAGAUGUCUCUCGUCAGAAACAGACGGGCGCACCUCGCGGGGGCGUGGGGCGUCGCGCUGCGGGUUGUGGCUGAAGCCUCUUGACUGGCUGACGUCUUUCGCCAGGAUGGAGACUGAGGCCUUCCAUCAGACUGAUGCCGUUCGUCAGACCAACGCGCUGCGCCAGGCUGGCGGCCUUCGUCGGACGACAGGCCGGCGCCCUUCGGCGGACAUCGUGGGCCAGGCUGGGGCUCUUCGUCAGGGUCGGGCGACGUCUCUCGUCAGGCUGACGCCUUUCGUCAGACUGAAGCGCCUCGCUUUGCCGACAUACCUCGCCAGGCCAAGACUCACGCCUUUGGUCAGGUUGAUGGCUUGCUUCAGCUUGGCGCCGUUGGUUCGUCAGGCUGAUGCACUGACCAGCCAGGUGACGCCUCUCGCCAGGCCGGCGCACUGCUUCGCCAGGCGUCUGCCUUGUGUCGGAAGCGGAACAGGCUGCGCGGGGCCUUUCUUCGGGCUGCGGAUGUCUUUCCUUCGUGAGAUUGGUUCUGCCCCUUCGUCGGACUGACGUUCUCCGCCAGGCUGACCGCGUUCGUCGGGCUGACGUCCUUCGUCAAAGGUCUUCGCUAUCCUCGUCGAGGUAGGGCUUCUCGCCACAGGUCGGGCGGCAGUUUUUCUGGCAGUGGUCGCGCGUCAGAUGUGUGUCUGCCGUCGCGGGUCUCUUGUCUUGUCGGAGGUCUUUCGCCCAGCGGUCGCCCAAGGGUCGCCUUUGGUCCAACGGUCGCCUUUGGUCCAAGGGUCGCCUUUGGUCCAAAGGUCGCCGCACUUUGGUCCAAGGGUCGUCUUACUUUGGUCCAAGGGUCGUCUUACUUUGGUCCAACUCCAAAGGUCGCCUUACUUUGGUCCAGCGGUCGCCUUACUUUGGUCCAGCGGUCGGCUUACUUUGGUCCAGAGGUCGCCUGAAAAGGUCGCCUGUGGUCUGCAGGUCGUCUGUGGUCCAGAGGUUGCCUCUGGUCUGAGGGUCGUCUUUGGUCCAAAGGUCGGCUUUGGUCCAGAGGUCUGCCGUGGUCCAGAGGUCGUCUGUGGUCCAAAGGUCGUCUUUGGUCCAAAGGUCGCCCUUGGUCCACAGGUCGCGUCUGGUCCAAAAAACGCCUCUGGUCCAAAGAUCGUCUUUGGUCCACAGGUCGUCUUUGGUCCACAGGUCGCCUCUGGUCCAAGGAUCGCCUUCGGUCCAAAGAUCGUCUUACUCUGGUCCAAAGGUCGCCUUAUUUUGGUCCAAAGGUCGCCCCCUCACUUUGGUCCAGAGGUCGCCCUACUUUGGUCCAGAGGUCGCCUUACUUUGGUCCAGAGGUCGCCUUACUUUGGUCCAAAGGUCGCUCUACUUGUCGUCGUACUUUGGUCCAAAGGUCGCCUUACUUUGGUCCAAAGGUCGCCUUACUUUGGUCCAGCGGUCGUCUGGUGUGGUCCAAGGGUCGCAUGUGCUGUGGUCCAAGGGUCGCCUGUGGUCCAAAGGUCGCCGGUGGAUGUGGUCCAAAGGUUAAGGUCGCCUGUGGUCCAAAGGUCGCCGGUGGUCCAAAGGUCGCCUUCGGUCCAAAGGUCGUCGUGGGUCCAGCAAUAGCAUAGGUCGUCUUGGGUCCAAAGGUCCGUCUUGGGUCCAAAGGUCGUCUUGGGUCCAGGGGUCGUCUCUGGUCCAAAGGUCGCCUUUGGUCCAGAGAUCGCCGCUGGUCCAACGAUCGUCGUUGGUCCCAAGAUCGCCUUUGGUCCCAAGAUCGUCUCUGGUAGGUCCAGCAGUCGCCUUUGGUUCAAAGAUCGGACCAAGGACCGCCUUCAGUCUGAAGGUCGCUUUCGGUCCAAAGAUCGCCGUGGGUCCAUAGGUCUGGGGUCCAAGUGUCUCUGGUCGAAGGUCUUUCUUCGGCUGUUUCUCUUUGGACUUCUCUCGCCAGCUUGCGCCUCUACCCCCGUCGGGCAUUUUUCUGGCUUCUUUUCUGGUAGUCUGCCACGGGGCCGCAGCGUGAACUCCAACAAGAAAACGGCCGGAGGCUAUCGGGCUUAGGAGUGAGGGGAAAGGGCAGGAGGCUAUGGGCAAUAGCUUCGCGGCAGGAGGCGACUAAUCUCCCGUGGGUUAGGCGGGGAGUUUUAUGGCGGCGGAGAUUUAUAAUAUAGAUUAAUAAUAUAGAUUAUUUUUUUGUUAUGUUUUUUAUCUAUCAACUUAUAAGAAUUAUUACCUCCGCCCCCUCCUACUCGUACUCCUUAAACCGAAUAGGUACCUAUUAUCCGAAAUCUCCUCUUCCUUAGUUGUGGUCUAGACGCGGUCCGUUAGUUACCGUUCUCCCUGCUCUCGUUCAGGGUACUUAUCAUGGUUGUUGUUGCACCUUCUCCAGAGCAGGAAGAGGUGGUCGGAAAAGCGAGCUUUUGUGCGGCCGUCCAGAUUGCUCCUGCAGCUACCGAAGGUCAUCACUUUUCAUCGCCAAAGGAUAUCGAGAUGACGAACAAGGUCGCUUCGUCCAGCGGCUCCGUCGAGGUAGAUCCUGCGGCCGCCGACAAAGCUAAGGCCGAGGAUGCGAAAUACAAGGCGGAAUUGGCCAAGAUCAGUCUGUCGGACCUCUUCCAGUUCGCAGAUAGUACGGAUAAGUUCUGCUACUGGGUCGGCGGCAUCAACGCUGUCGCAUUUGGUCUGGCGCAGCCUGCCAUCGCGUACGUCUUUGGCGAACUUUUUGACACCGCGAAUAUGACAGACAAGGACAAAUUUGUGGACCAAAUGAACGACCUGCUGAUUUGGUUCGGGUUGAUCGGCAUCGUCAGUUGGAUCACUGCCUGGCUUUUCGUUUGGCUGUACGACGUAGCGGGCAGCAGACAAACUUGCAAAUACUAAGUUCCAGGAAAUAGAAAUCCAUCUUCAGUACAACUAGAUCUAGAAGAAUCUUAGGUAAGAUGAAGCCGUUCAAACCUAGAACAGCUUCAACUUGGAUGCAGUGUGAUGGGUUUUUAUGAAGUCUAAGACUGCCGGGACGUCUACUUCAGUGCGGUGGUCGGGCAAGACUGUGGCUGGUUCGACGAAAAAGACAUCAUGACCGUGCCAAGCAGCGUCCAAACCGACGUAAGGAAGAUCAAGGAUGCCUUGGGAAAAAAUUUUGGUAUCUUUGUUUGUAGCAUCCUCAAAGUUCUCGAUCUAGUCAAACAUAAACAAGUAGAAGAACAUACUUGUUGUAUCUAUGUCGGACAUGAUAGAUCCUCUUCUUGGUCACACAGACUAGUUGCAUUUCGUCCUUCUGCUUAUCAGCUCUCGCUUUGCAGAAUGGAGCGCAGUUUCUGGGAGGCUUCGUCUUUUCGUUUUUCAUCAACUGGCAGCUUUCUCUCGUCCUUUCCGCCGGUCUUCCGUUUAUGGGCGCAUCGGCGUACUACUUUUCGCUUGCGCUAAUGGAGAUUGCCAGCGGCACAAAUCGAUACUAUGUCAAGGCCGGCGGAGUAGCGGACGAGGUCUUUGGCGCAGUCAAAACUGUGAUUUCGUUCGGGGCAGAGCAGGCAGAGUUGGAUCGCUAUUCCAUCCACUUGGAGUCAGCGCGUCUUGGCAAGGUGAAGAGCGGUACUCGUAUUGGAAUGCAGGUCGGUUCACUUAAGACAUACUAGAAGCACCUACUUACUUUCAAUGGGAGUCAGUCAGCAUUUGUGAUCGAAUAUUGUCGACAGCGGUCCUUUAUAGGCUCCUGCUAAUUCCUAGUUGUCAUGCACUUCAUACUGUGAGAAGCCUUCUGCCAAUUUUGGUUUGAUGGUCGCUAACUUUUUCUACAUGCUUCUAAGUUUUUCUGGUCGUGUUGUUUUUUGUUGUACGCCUUGGCGUUUUGGUACGGCAGCAUCCUGGUGGGUGACAAAAUCGAGAAUCAGCGCACUGGGGAAGCGUUUACCGGUGGUGAUGUGAUGAAGUGCUUCUUCUGUAUCCUCCUGGGAAUGUUCGGAAUAGGUCAGGUUGCACCAUGGAUUCAAGCAGUUGCCGAGGCGAAGCCCGCUCUGCUCAACCUGAAUUAUGGUCUCAGCAUUUAUAAUUCAGCAAAACGAGGAGAGAAGUCAGAAUGUCUAACAAACCCACUUCUUCAAACUUCGGGGCUGCUAGGACAUUAUAGUGGUGAUUUUUGCGUUUAAUAAUCGUAAUAUUAGCUACUUAGAAGUUUGUUGAAGAGUGACAAGAAGAACAAAGAGUUCUCCAAGUGCAGUUUCUAAUUGGCGCGCAUUCUGAAUGAGGAAAAGCCAAAAGUUACAGAAGGCAAAGUAGAACUUUCCAGUGCAACGCUGAGUGGCAGUAAGGGCGUUGAAAUCGCAGCCAGGGAUAUCACCUUUUCAUACCCUACAAGGAAAGACGUACUAAGUCAUUCUUCGUCGUUGGGGGAAAAAGCUUACUUUUUCGUGCUUAAAAAGCUCAUUUGGAACGCUUUCAAUCAAAUUUUGAAAUAUGUUCAAAAAUGCCUCUAUGGAAGUAGAUGUGCUGCCAGCUGAUACUAAUUGACGUAAAUUCACAAGUUUGGUAGACGUAUAAUCCUGAAAACAAACAAUUACCUCACCCAGAUGCAAGUGCUGCGCGGAAUAUCGUUCGAUAUCAAGGGUGGACAGAAAGUUGCGUUUGUCGGCGAGUCUGGCUGCGGUAAGUCUACGCUAAUUCAGCUGUUAGAGCGGUUCUACGACGUAGAUGGUGGCUCUCUUUCUUUCAACGGACACAACAUCAAGGAUCUGUCCUUUAACAGUCUUGGCAGUCUCACGGGCUACGUGUCACAAGAGCCUGUUCUUUUUAACUACACGAUCAGAGAAAACCUCUGUUUUGGUCUGCGAGACAGGCCUAGCGACGAGCAGCUCAAGGACGCCUUAAAGCAAGCGCAGGUACGUAAAUUAAAUUUCAAUUUAUUGACCUGACUGUUGUAGUCAUCUGUACUAAUUCUGUCGGAAUGAACGAACAACGAGCUCAUUAUACUUCACGUUAUUGUCCUGCUAACUGCAGUUUUCAUCCUCUUGCUGGUGCUCGUCCUGUAGUCAUGUACUAGAGAUGAUGCAACGACAUCAUCAGGUGUGGGAUGUGAUUUCUGGGUUGCCACAAGGAUUGGACACACUACCUGGCACUGCCGGUUCGCAGUUUUCUGGAGGUCAGAAGCAGCGCAUCGCCAUCGCGCGUGCACUCGUUCGUAAGCCAAAACUCCUUUUGCUCGAUGAGGCAACCUCGGCACUGGACUACACUUCUGAGAAGCUCGUACAGGAGACCAUCGAUAAGCUGACGAGCAAUGCUGAAUUAACGGUGAUCGUGGUCGCGCAUAGGCUGUCUACCGUUAGAAAUUGCGACCAAAUCCUGUUCUUCGAGAAAGGCGUGAUCGCAGAGCGUGGAACGCAUGCGGAGUUGCUUGCCAUGCAGGGCGGCUACUAUCGCCUCACGCAGACACAGGAGGCUCUUGCGCUGGCUGGCUCGGUUUCCCUCUCACGGGGGAACACGAAAGAGUCUGUUUCACCGCAGUCGGACGUUGCGCCAGGCGAUAGGCAGUUGAGCGGCAAAAGUGCCUCGCCAGUGAACGCAGUCGGCUCGCCGGUUGAGCCCGGAAAAACGGAGGGAGUCGAGGGUGGCACGCCCACUCAGGAAGCAGUGUUAGCGCGAGCACCUUCGAAGGACCCAAUGACACAAGCGGGAUCGAAUGCGCUAGACCUGGUCAAAACUGAAGACGAAAAAGAAGAGGAGCGCAUGGCCAAAAUAGAAAAGGAAUAUUCGGUACACCUACACCUAGUUGGACGUUGCCCUCACCAAGGCGUAGGAGAAAACCAUCGAGAAAGUAGAAUGUUCUCAAAUAAUACAACUGUUGAGAACAUCAACGUUCCUUCAUCUUCCGAUCAAAACCACCAAAAACCCUACCACCACGACCACGACAGGUUCCGAUGUCUCGUUUAUUGACGUUGAACACCCCAGCGGAGAAGCUUUACUAUCCUCUCGGGUUCUUUUUUUCGCUUUGCAACGGGAGUUAUCAGCCUCUUUGCGCGUACAUUCUCACGGCUGCAAUGGAGGACUUCUAUAUCCAGGACCCGGAGGAGAUGAAAGAGGAGCUGAUGAAGAGUGUCUUGGGGUUUGUUGCUAUCGGUGUCGCAUCCUUUUUCACCUACACCGCAGCCUGUGCUUGCUACUCGUACGCAGGAAGUCACCUGACAAUGCGCGCGCGCAAACUGAUCUUUGUCACGUACAUGAAGCAGGAAAUGGCCUACUUUGACGACCCGGCGAACACACCGGGAAAACUAACUGCGGCCUUGGAGAAUAAGGCGGCAGAUUUGUCGUACAUCACCGGGGAGCAAAUGGGGGUAAAAGUGGAGACAGUGUCUGCACUGGUUUGCGGUGUCACCUUUGCCUUCAUCGCAUCCUGGAAAGUGGCUGCUGUCGUGACUGCUUGCCUCCCGCCCCUCGUGAUCGCGAUGAUCAUCUUGUUCGUCGUCCUUAUGGGCCAGGGCAGCGGGGGCGAGAGUCCCGAAGUCGUGGCGAGCGGUGGCAUCAUCGCGGAAGUCAUUCUGAACCUCAAAACAGUGCGCGCCAUGCGCGCCGAAAGGGACUUCCUCAAAACCUACCUGCAGGCAGUGGAGACGAUCAAGAACAAGGAGGUGAAGUCAGCUUUGCCGGCAGGCUUUGGCUUUGGUACAACUUGAAGACACAGCUUUCUGAAUGUUCUGUAAAUGGAGGUACAUCUUCACAUCCACUGAGGAUGUUAAUACACGUCGUCGAUAAAAAGAUUAGUAUUGCGAUGGAUCUCUUAUGCAUUCAUUAUCACUUGCCUACUAAUCAGUACUUUCAGGUUUCUCCAAUGGUAUCAUUUUUGGCGUCUACGUUGUUGGAUUCUGGUACGGUGCUAAGCUGAUCAAGGAGGAGGGCCUCAGCGCCACGGACAUGUUCCGCGCCGUUAUGUGCAUUAUCUUCGCUGGUAUGGGUGCGGGACAGGCUGGGGCAGCCAUGCCCAGCGUCGCCAAAGCAAAGACAGCGGCCCACGAUAUCUUCGAACUGGCCGACCGCGUUCCGCAGAUAGACUCGACGAUAGAAGGCAACGCUCAGAAACAGACUAUCGAUCGCAUGGAUGCGAUAGAUUUUCGUGCCGUGGAAUUCGCUUACCCAAGCCGACCGACGGUGCCGAUUCUAAAAGGAUUAGAUCUAAGUUAUGGCGAAUGGAAUUUGGUGACGCGGAGUCACAAUUUCGCGAAUCCUUGUAGUUGAUGACCGAAAAAGUUUAUUUGCUUCAAGUUUCCGCUUCCAUCUCUUCUAAUGCCAUGACACCCUGAAGCUAGGCCAGUCCGUGGCGCUUGCUGGCCCUUCAGGAAGUGGAAAGAGCACGAUCAUGGCCCUCUUGCAGCGAUAUUAUGACCCAGAGAAGGGAAAAAUUGUCCUCAACAAUGGUCCAGAAUUACAGGAGAUCAACCUGAACAAGUGGCGACAGGUCAUCGGGUAUGUCGGUCAGGAACCGAUUCUCUUUAACGUGAGUGCCAUGGACAACAUCCUGUAUGGAAUCCCGCCAGAAGAACGAGCUAAGGUAUCGUCUAUUACUUUUGGUUUUGUCACCAGGUAGGAUAAGAAGAGGUCCUGACUUUGUACUGACGGUGCUGAGCAGUUGCUGCCUACAAGGAAGUGGAAUUUUCUUGCAGCUUAUGAUUAAUUUCAUUUUGAUUGUGUACCUCGUGUAUCAAAACAAAGAAGAAACAUAACGAGAAUUCAUUUUCGUAAUAUCUCCGCGCCCGUUCGGUCCCGCGCCCGUCCGUUAAUAUAUAUGAAUAUGAAACUCAGUUCUCCGAGGCGGAUGUGCAAUCGGUUGCCAUGCAAGCGAACGUGAAUUUUAUUGGUGGCUCCGAUGGCAAGCUAAGUUGGACUGAGCCUCUUGGUCCUCGCGGCAGCAAGAUAUCUGGCGGACAGAAACAGAGAAUCGCUAUUGCACGUGCUUUGAUCCGCAAGCCUCAAAUCCUCAUGCUUGAUGAAGCCACUUCAGCCUUAGACGCAGUUUCGGAAGCCGAAGUGCAGGAGACGCUUGACAAACUACAAACCGACCACCCAGAUCGACUCACAAUCACGAUUGCUCACAGGCUGUCCACCAUCCAGAAUUGCGACAAAAUUGUCGUUAUGUGUGAUGGCGUGUUGUUGGAACAGGGAUCGCAUAGCGAGCUACUGGAAAAAGAAGGACUCUACAAAAAGCUCAUCCAAUCGCAGGGAGCCGGACCACGGGGGUCGCGAAAGUCAGCGUAGGGCGAAGAAAACUCCUGCUGAGCCCUCCGUAUAACUAUUUAUUAAAUAGUAGCUUAGUUCUACCUGCUACUGUUAGGUAUAGUGCAUUUACUUUUACAUGGAAUAUGUCGAUACUAGACUUAAGCGCCCGGUAGCACUCUUCAUUCCACUAGAAUCCUCCACCCUCUGCACGCACUUCCCCCGCUAUUGCGUGCCGCCGCUUUCCCGGCCCCUCCCCCACGCGACAACCGUCUGGCGGAGUUGAUCGGUGGAACAGCGCAAGGGUCGGGCUCUGGGCGGCCUGCGGCCAUUGAAAAGCCACGCUUGGAAAUGGUAGGCCCGGGAGUUUGCGGGUCUUCUUUUACUCAGGUUUGGCAUCUUUGCGGAAACCUGAAGCUUUUGAGCGUCAAACUUUUGUUUAUUAUUCGCCCACUUUGGAGAAAGUUAAAAACUUUGUAUCCAAUUUUUUUUUGAAAUUUAUCCUCCUUCGAUAAAGUCGAAAACUUUGCCACUUUCGCACUUUCAAACUUGAAGUUUCAAUUUAAAACUUUUUCAGUCCGCAGAUUUUUAAUUUUAUCGCCCAGAAAAUAAAUCAAUGCAAAUGUCAGGGCGGCGCGUUGUAGGCUUCGAGCUGAAGACUUGAAGCAUCGGGGCCGGUCUUCAUAAUUUCCAUAAGUUCACGAGUUGGGGGGUUGGGGGUUCGGGAGUGUGAGGCUGAGAGUUUGGCGGGGUCGUUGUUGUUUUUUUUUUAGCUCUUUCAUAUUUACUCUCAUAAAUCUUCGAAAUGUCACGUAUCAACUACCGACUAAGGAUUAUGCUAGGCUACGAAGACUUGUACUAUUCACCAGGCUAGUAUGAUGGUAGAGAUUAUUGUACAGGUAAAACUGAUUAUGUGCAUGUAUAUCAUAUUGUGUGUAGUUUGAUCAACCCCGUAGCACUACCAGAGCAGCAUCAUGAAAUUGAAAGUGGAUCACAAGGCGAUGAAAAGAGCACAUCACUCAGUACGCGUCUUGCUCUAGGGUUAUUGUAUAAAUGUAUUGAAACUAUUGACUUGAACGAGGUAAAAAUAAUUAUGAUUAUGAAUGGUCAAAACGGUACUUAGUCUUAGUGUUGAGUGGUAGUUGUUCGAAGUCACCAUCUCGAAAAGUUCAUGAACCCGUUCCGGUUCCAUGUUUUUCUUCUCUGGCUUCGAGUAUAGGAUUUAAGCAAAUGAUCUAGGUACAGACACAUGCUAUUCAACAUGAUUUGGAUUUGUAUAGACGGGAAAAGUAAAAAUGGUUCAUGUCACUGUUACUGUUAGAAUAUUCAGUCGUGACCGUAUCAAUGAAUCGCAGAAUUGGGCUAUCAGGAGGAGUCCUCUUGUCAUUUUCGUGGCUACUCUUUCGGAUAGGUCCCAGCUUUUUU